CAGCUACCUACCUAGAUGUUAUGGCUGUUACAACUUGGUAAGCUUCUUCUGCAAGUAAUCGCUGUAGCAUCAGAUUUGCAAGGGAAUAAUAUUACGAUUAUCUUCGAGACGGAUUUCGAGCGGCUGGGAAAGCUAAGGGUUCUACAGCUCACUGAUAAUCGAAUACACACGAUAGAAAAAGAUGCGUUUCAAGAUUUGGUCAACAUGGAACGAAUCCGGCUCAAUGGCAAUAACAUCCGACACAUUCCAGACAACUUAUUUGCCACCAUGAGCAAUUUAUUUCGAUUGGAUCUUAGCCACAACUCGAUUACGGUAAUUGGACGAAAAACACUCAGGGGCAUCACGGCAAUCAAAAACCUGCAACUCGAUAAUAAUCAUCUGACGUGCAUUGACGAUUUGGCUUUGAGGAGCUUUAAGGAUUUGGAAAUAUUGACAUUAAAUAAUAACAAUUUAACAUGGAUUGGCAAAGAUAUGUUCAGCAACAUGUUUCGAUUGCGUACGUUAAGACUCAACGACAAUUUAUUCCACUGCGACUGCCAGUUGUCAUGGUUGGCGAGAUACUUAAGGCAUUCGCCACGUUUGGCGCAGUACACGAGAUGCAAUUCGCCCAAUCACUUAAAGGGACAGAAUAUCGCCGAUUUACAGGACCAAGAAUUUAAAUGCUCUGGUUUGGUCGAGAAGGCAAUCAGCGGAGAAUGUAUCAGCGAACCUCAGUGCCCGCAUCCAUGUCGGUGCGCCGAUGGAAUUGUAGACUGUCGUGAGAAGGCCCUUUCAAAGGUUCCCGAUCAUCUUCCGGAUGGAACAACCGAAUUACGAUUGGAACUGAACGACAUCACCGAAAUCCCAACGAAGGCGUUCGCAGCACACAAACGUUUACGGAGAAUAGACCUGAGCAAUAACAAAAUAUCAAAAAUUGCUCCCGACGCCUUUCAAGGCUUGAAGGCGUUGACAUCCCUAGUGUUGUAUGGUAACAAAAUAAAGGAUUUGCCGGCUGGAGUGUUUCACGGUUUGGUUUCAUUACAACUUUUAUUGCUGAAUGCCAAUGAAAUAUCGUGCAUCCGGAAGGACGCUUUCAAUGAUCUUCACAGUUUAAAUCUGCUGUCGCUGUAUGAUAACAACAUCCAGUCAUUAGCCAAUGGAACGUUCGACUACCUUAAAAGUAUACAAACCCUUCAUUUAGCGAGGAAUCCUUUUAUAUGCGAUUGCAAUCUUCGAUGGCUAGCCGAGUACCUUCAUCGAAACCCAAUAGAAACGAGUGGAGCGCGAUGCGAUACGCCAAAGCGUAUGCAACGGAGACGAAUCGAAUCUCUCAAAGAUGAAAAGUUCAAAUGUAAGGGUCAGGAAGAGUUCAGAACGCGUUACGCCGGCGAGUGUCUUAUCGACAACGCCUGUCCGAGUGGGUGCACUUGCGAUGGUACCAAUGUCGAUUGUUCCGGACGCGGACUUAAAGAAAUCCCACGCGACAUACCGUUAUAUACAACAGAAUUACUGCUACAAGACAACGAUCUGGGAAAAAUUAAAUCCGACGGCCUUUUUGGACGACUGCCAAAUUUGGUUAAGCUGGAUUUAAGGCGUAACCAAAUAAUCGGCAUUGAAAAGAAUGCGUUUGACGGUGCGAGUAAAAUAUCGGAGUUGUUGUUGUCCGAGAACAAAUUGUUGGAGAUACAUAACAAAAUGUUUUAUGGUUUGCACAAUUUGAAGGUAUUGAGUUUGAAUAAUAAUUUGAUAACUUGCGUAAUGCCGGGAGCCUUUGACCAUUUGACGUCGUUGCACACUCUGAAUUUGGUACAAAACCCAUUCAUAUGCAACUGUCAUUUGGCUUGGUUUUCGGAAUGGUUGAAGAAUAAGGGACUGAGCGGUUCGUCUCCCAGAUGUGCAUCGCCAGAUAAAGUGAAAGAUGUGCUAAUCAAGGAACUGCCACAGAGUGAGUUUAAGUGUACGGGUGACGGCGACCAAGGUUGUUUGGGGGAUAAUUACUGUCCACCGAUGUGUACGUGUACUGGAACUGUUGUGAGGUGUUCCAGAGCUAAACUGAAAGAAAUACCUAGGGGAAUACCGGCCGAAACAUCCGAGCUGUAUUUAGAUGUCAAUGAGAUACAAAGCGUACAAGCCGAGCGUAUGGCACAUUUGAAAGCGCUUACAAGACUAGAUUUGAGUAAUAAUCAAAUUGGAAUAUUAGCAAACAACACCUUUAAUAAUUUGUCAAAGCUAUCCACGCUAAUUAUAAGCUAUAACAAAUUACAGUGUGUUCAAAGGAACGCACUUCUUGGACUGAAAUCGUUACGAAUCUUAUCUCUGCAUGGCAAUCAAAUAUCAAUGAUUCCAGAAGGAACUUUCACCGAUUUAAAGUCAAUCACCCACCUGGCGCUGGGUGCAAAUCCGCUCUACUGUGACUGUUCGUUACGUUGGUUAGCGGAGUGGGUUAAAGUCGACUAUGUCGAGCCAGGUAUCGCUCGAUGCGCCGAACCCGUUAAUAUGAAAGAGAAGCUCAUACUAUCAACACCGUCUACAUCGUUUCUUUGCAGAACGAAAGUCAACAACGAUAUUUUGGCGAAGUGCGAUGCGUGUUUCACAUUCCCCUGCAAGAAUGGGGGUAAAUGCUCGAGUGUGGCCGAGAAAGAUUACGAAUGUAAGUGCGCACCUGGGUACCACGGGAAGAAUUGCGAAUUUAUGAUCGACGCUUGUUACGGCAAUCCUUGCAGUAAUAACGCGACGUGUAAGGUGCUGGAAGAGGGACGGUUUAGUUGCGUAUGCGCGGCGGGCUUUAACGGGUUGCGAUGUGAAUCUAACAUAGACGAUUGCGAAAAUAAUAAAUGUCAGAAUAAUGCGACCUGCAUCGAUUUAAUUCAGGCUUACCAGUGUAAAUGUUCCUUGGGAUUCAUGGGCGAUUACUGUGAGAAGAAAAUACCCUUUUGUACUAAAGAAUAUAAUCCCUGUAAAAACAAUGCUAAGUGUGUUGAUCACUUUACCCAUUAUACCUGCGAAUGUAUCGCUGGUUUUAACGGAGAUAAUUGUAGUAAUAACGUUGAUGACUGUGAAAAUCACAUGUGCCAGAAUGGCGCAACCUGCAUCGACGGCAUCAAUGACUAUGUGUGUAAAUGUGCCGGAGACUACACAGGCAAAUUUUGCGAAGGUACCCCUCUGGUUGCAAUGAUGUACCCACAAACUUCACCGUGUCAACAUCACGAUUGCGUUCACGGAGUAUGCUUCCAACCGGCAGGCUCAAAUGAUUAUAUGUGCAAAUGCGCUCCUGGAUACUCAGGAAAGCGCUGCGAAUACCUCACUAGUUUAAGUUUCAUUCACAACACCUCUUUUGUCGAAUUGGAGCCAUUGAGAACAAAGCCGGAAGCCAAUGUCACUAUCAUUUUCGCUACGAAUCAAGAAAAUGGUGUGCUGCUAUACGAUGGUCAUCAAGAACAUUUAGCUGUGGAAUUAUUUAAUGGACGAAUACGAAUUAGUUACGAUAUCGGAAAUUACCCAGUGUCAACUAUGUACAGUUUUGAAAUGGUUUCGGACGGGCAGUAUCAUAUUGCUGAAUUAAUUGCAAUUAAGAAGAAUUUCACUCUUCGCGUUGACAGAGGUCUAGCACGUUCGAUUAUCAACGAGGGUUCGAAGGAUUACUUAAAAUUAACGACGCCAAUGUACUUAGGGGGAAUACCAGCAGAACCCGGCCAACAAGCUUUCACAUUGUGGCAUUUACGGAACCUGUCCAGUUUUAAUGGUUGCAUGAAAGAGGUAUGGAUCAACCACAAGCAAGUCGACUUUGGUAAUGCGGCCACACAACAAAAAGUGACUCCUGGCUGCGCACUGAUCGAGUCAGAAAGGGACGACGACGACCAGCAGGAAGAUGAAAUGGAUGGCAUGGUUGAGGAGCCAAGCAGUCCUCCGGACCCCUGUGAAAGUAAUCACUGUAAACAUGACAGCAAAUGCAUUCCUACGCGCAAUGGAGAGUACUUGUGUAAAUGCAAAACGGGGUUUAAGGGGAAGUACUGCGAGCAAGGUGAGGAAGAUUCGCCUACAUGUAGAAAAGAGCAAGUACGAGAAUAUUACUCUGAGCACGGAUGUCGAUCCCGGAAGCCACUAAAGAUGGCGAAAUGUAUAGGAGGAUGCGGAACAAUGUGUUGUCACGCACGUAAAAGUAAACGUCGCAAAGUGCGUUUAAUAUGUAACGACGGUACUCGUUACACUAAAGACAUAGACAUUGUACGCAAAUGCGCGUGUACGAAGAAAUGCUACUGACUGAUAAACGUCGCUGCUUACAAUUCUAACGAUACAUCUGACCAAGAUGCAUUAAUAACCCAGACUGCCGAUCUCAAUCAAAAUAUACUUAAUCUUAAACCGUCAGUUC